AUGGAAGGACGGAACGCGAGCAUGAUCUCCGCGGAUGCCAGAAGACGAAGCGUGAACGAAGAGCCCGUCACAUCCGUUCUAAACGGCGGCGACAUACCCAUUAAUGAUUCUGGAAAAGAAUGGAAUGCCGACGAAGAGGUUCUUGCAGCUCUGGGUUACAAGCCUGAAUUCAAGCGUGAAUUCAGCCUCUGGACUACAUUCUGCGUUAGCUUUGCUGUGCUGGGCCUACUACCUUCAUUCGCGACGACGCUUUACUAUGGAAUGGGAUAUGCUGGAACCGCUGGUAUGACGUGGGGAUGGCUCGUCGCUAUGAUCGGUAUCCAGUCCGUCGCCGCUUCGAUGGCGGAACUGUGUUCUUCCAUGCCCACCUCCGGGGGGCUAUACUAUGCUUCGGCCGUUCUGGCGCCUGAAGGCUGGGGUCCUCUCGCUGCGUGGAUCACAGGCUGGAGCAACUGGCUCGGACAAAUUACCGGUGCUCCAUCGGUGAACUAUGGAACAGCCGCCAUGAUCCUCGCAGCUGCUAGCAUACAGAAUCCGAAGUACGUGAUGGAACUCUAGCAAACGUUUUAGAAUCGAUGCUGACCUUACCUGCCACGAAUAGCUACGUUCCAACGGACUACCAGACCUACCUUCUGACUGUUUUUAUCAUGCUGAUCCAUGCGUGCAUGGCCAGCGCGCCCACCAAGUGGAUAGCCCGUAUCAACAGCGUGGGAAGUACCUUCAACAUCAUUGCGCUUGUUGUCGUUAUAAUCCUUAUACCAGCUGGAACCAACCGCGAGGAAAGGGGUCUAUCGCGCUUCACGCCUUCGAGCGAGGUCUGGGGAGAUAUUUACAAAGGAACGGACUACCCAAAUGGAGUCUCGAUCUUGAUGUCCUUUAUCGGAGUCAUUUGGACAAUGGUAAGCACACAGAAGUCCGAAAUACGAGGAGACCAUCACCAAUGCUACCUUACUCAUCAUAGAGCGGCUACGACAGCCCCUUCCACCUCGCGGAGGAGUGCAGCAACGCCAACAUCGCCUCUCCGCGCGCCAUCUUCCUCACCUCCGCCGUCGGAGGCACCUUCGGCUGGUUCCUCCAACUCGUCGUCGCCUACACCGUCGUCGACAUCAGCGCCUGCCUCGACUCCGACCUCGGCCAACCCUUCGCCGCCUACCUCAUCCAAGUGCUGCCGCAGAAAGCCGUCCUCGCCGUCCUCUCCCUCACCAUCAUCGCCGGCUUCGCCAUGGGCCAAGGCUGCAUGAUCGCCGCCUCGCGCGUCACCUUCGCCUACGCCCGCGACGACUGCUUCCCCUUCUCCCACGUCUGGAAGACCGUCAACCCCCGCACCAAAACCCCCGUCAAUGCCGUCUGGAUGAACACCUUCCUCGGCUGCCUCAUGCUCCUGCUCAUCUUCGGGGGCUCCGUCACCAUCGGCGCGCUGUUCAGCAUCGGUGCCUGCGCCGCGUUCGUGGCCUUCACCACCCCCAUCUUCAUCCGGGUGUUCUUUGUGGGCAAUCGUUUCCGUCCGGGACCGUGGAACUUGGGACGCUUCAGUAUUCCCAUCGGGGUCGUGGCGAGUGCGUUUGUUGCUCUGAUGGUGCCGAUUCUCUGCCUGCCGAGUGUGACGGGAAGCGAUCUGACUGCUGAUGGGAUGAACUGGACUGCCGUGGUCUAUGGAGGGCCAAUGGUGCUGGUCAUGAUUUGGUGGCUGGUCUCGGCGCGCAAAUGGUUCAAGGGUCCAAAGGUCAACCUGGGUCAUCUCAUGCAUGGACGUGAGACGGAAGGUCUAGUGCUAGAGGGCAAGACGCCGUCGCUGGAGCGGAGUGGUAGCGUGGCAGAGUCGGGAAAGCAAGCCGGUGAUGUGAAAGAGACACAACUGUAG